AUGCCAUCAUCCCUGAUACACAUUGUUUUCCCCUUCAUCACUCUAGCUGGACUCUACGCGGUCUCGAAUCUCAUGAUCAACUCUGGCCACGCCCAGCUCUUCACAGAUAGCCGGGCACCGGCAACGCCACUACUCCCAGACAACAAAACACCGCUCCUGACAUUCUACACAGGAGUCCCGCCCUUGGACUCGUACCUUGCCAACCUCCAAUUCAGCAUCAUCCCCACAGUUGAUGGCUCGUCCCCCGGUUUGUCGCUCUUGGGGUGGCACUGGGUGGGGCUUCUCUUAGCCGUCUUCGCCGUCAUGCUGGUCGAGAGCUUACGGACGCGACGCACGAGAGAUCUGAUCCCUUUCGUACUCUGGGGUCUGGCCAUACAGUAUGCCGGGUACUUUAUCGUCAUGCCCCUAUACUGCUACGUAUCUCUGCUUUUUCGCGCCCCAGGAAGCCAAGCGAAGAUUCCGACCAUGGCUGCCAUCCAAGCUGUCCCAGCCUCCCUUCUGAUUGGGCUUGUGAUCCCGUCGGCUAUCAUGUGUUUGCCAGGCACUUAUCACACCGGCCAGUCAAGACAGGUUUCUGUUGCUGUCUGGCAGAACUUCCCGGCGUGGAUGGCCUUGGUGCAGGUGAUUGCUAUGACUUUGAUAGAUCACAGAUGGGCACAACGACGAGAGGAGUGCAAAGUCAAGGAUGAAGAGCCCAGCAGUCACACGUCGGCCUUACGAAGAUUGUACCAAGCUACUGCGACAGUUUCAGCCUCGAUGCAUGUCUUGGGUCUCGUCCCCAUCAUUCUCGCUGCCAGUGGCAAGCUAGAGCCUACCGAGACCUCGCCACAUCCUCAAUGGCAACCCGUCAUCUUCUUUCUGCCGCAGAGGUGGGACAGUAAGAUGCAGAUCAAUGGGAUGGCAGAAGGCGCAUUCAACUUCCUCCGAUUUUGUUGGUUAUCAGCGUGGAAAAAGAUGUCUAUUCUCCGACGCAAGGUGACAAGAUUUGCUCCGCCUGCCGUGCUGACCGAUAAGGUCAUCCCGGUCGACUACUGGGACCAUCACUCUCGUGAUGCCGUCCUCAACGUAAUGCUGCGUUUCGACCGCCAACUAGAUGCUGCCAAGUUGCGAAGAGCUCUGGAGGUACUGCUUGACCGCCGCGAUGGCUGGCGUAGGCUGGGUGCGAGGGUGCGGUUGGGUCCUUCAAAUAAGUUGUAUUGGCAUGUGCCUGCAACUUUCACUGAGCAGCGGCCUGCAAUUACCUAUCACCACAAUCGUCACAACAACAUCAGCAUCAGGCAGCACCCACUGGCAUCUCGUCUUCAGAGCAGAUCCAAGGAUGGAGCACGACCGGCUUCUUUCUCACCAUCUCCAUCAGCCCCUACCCAUUCAACCCAUGAUUCUGGUCCGUGGAUAGUGGAGCCAGGCAGCGGCGUUGAUUUCUCCCCUUUGAUGCGACAUCCAAGUGAUCCUACGUGUUUCGAGGACUACCUCUACCAUGACCAACCGAUGAUAGGUCUGCAAGUAACGACAUUCAACGAUGCGACGUUGGUGUCGCUAGGCUUCUCGCACAUCAUGUGGGACUGUAUGGGACUCAAGGAUCUCUUGGAUGCGUGGUCUCUCACCCUACAGGGACGUCAGAAUGAGGUUAUUCCCUUGAUCGACACCGAUCCCCUUGGAUCAUUGGGCGUCUCCACUGAGUUGCUCCAAACGAAACCAAGAGACGACGAGGAGAAAGCUACCGUACCAAGCUCUGCGCCGGAGGAGUACAAGCACGUCAAAGCCCAGCUUGGGGUUGUGCAACUUGUGACACUCGGUCUUCGACAAGCAUUGGACAAGCUCCUAAAUAAAAGCGCGGCAGAAGAGUUCCGAACAGUUUGUGUCCCUGCAGCGUAUGUCAAGACGCUGCGCAAGGAUGCACUGAAAGCUCUCGAGGCCGGCAAUAUCAAUGCACCAAGCGUUCAGGUAUCAGACAAAGACAACGAGUCUCGAGUAGCUCCAAAGACCACGUUCCUGAGCGACGGCGACAUUUUAUGCUCAUGGUGGACACGCAACAUCAUUGCCUCACGCAUCCGAAACCCCACCAGGAGCCGGAAAACCAUAGCCAUCCUGAAUAUGAUGGGUCUUCGCGGCGUCCUAGCACAAGCGGGAUGUUUGCAAGGCAGAGGCGCGUUGGUUGGUAACGCCAUUCUGCCUGUCCCUACUCUACUGCGAGCGCGGGACCUUGUCAGCAAAGGACCGCUAGGUCUCGGCCGUGUGGCAAAGGCCCUGAGAGAAGCUAUCGUGCAACUCAGCACGCGGCCGCAGGUUGAGGCUCUAUUGGCAUUACAGCGGCGUGCUCAUGGAAACGAGUCUAACGAAGACGUCGAAAACAAGAAGAAGAAGGGCAACGGUAAAGCUGGACUGCCUGCCUUGUUCGGCAAUGCGGGCAUGCAUAUGGUUGUAUGCACCAACUGGACCAAAGCCGAAUUCUUCAACGUGGACUUCUCCGCCGCGGUAGUCGAUGAGAUUGGCUGUGACGGCCUCUUUGAAAACGAGCGCGUUCCUCUUUCUGAGACGCCAUCCGAAGAUGCUGGCGGCGCUAGCAAUGGCGCCGAAAGGAAGAGCGCGAUGGGCUGUGAUGGACUCUGGGAAGAUGAACAUGAGUUGCGCUCGUCUGCUUCUCUUCGUGCUGAUGUCCCUGCUGCUCCUCGUGUUGUGGCAAAGCCGACCGGCGUUCACAUGCACUUGAUAACGGCGGGUACACCUGCGUUCUUGAUGAGCAUCUUCACCAUUUUGGGCCGCGAUGCCAACGGAGACUACUGGAUUCAGGGGAUGCUCAGAAAAAAAUAUUGGGCCAAGAUCGAGAAUUCUCUUAGCCAGGAACAAGCACCUCUCCGUGGUGCUGCCAAGUCCAAACAAAGUAAUAUUGCAGAGAUAGAUGUGGGAAGACAACCGAGUCCCCACUCCUAG